GUUACAUAACCUUUCAUUCUGUCCGUCGUCGUCACUGCGUUCGAACUGAGAAGUCUAACUAUCGCAGAGGCGUUCGUUGCUGUGUGUUUGGGUCAGACUCCGACUAAGAAAGCUAAGAAAAUGGAGGACAUUGAGGAUUUGUUGAUUGGCAGCGGAGGCGGAGCUCCUCCCGGUUUUCGUCUGCCAAUAAACACCGUCGGAAUGAACCCAAAGAAGAAACCCAAUCCCAAUGGCCGCAAUACCAACAAGAAGCUAUCUCAAAUCCAAGACCCACUCGCUCCUCUCUCUCCCAAAGUCCCUGGCACUCAGACUAUAUAUAUCAAAACAUUUGGAUGCUCACACAACCAGAGUGACAGUGAAUAUAUGGCUGGUCAACUUUCAGCUUUCGGGUAUCCGUUAAGUGACAAUCCUGAGGAGGCAGACCUGUGGCUCAUAAACACAUGCACUGUCAAAUCUCCAAGUCAGUCUGCCAUGGACACUCUGAUAGCAAAAGGUAAAGGUGCAAGAAAGCCCCUGGUGGUGGCUGGGUGUGUUCCACAAGGAAGUCGAGAUCUAAAGGAGCUAGAAGGUGUCAGUAUUGUAGGAGUCCAGCAAAUUGACCGUGUGGUUGAAAUUGUUGAAGAGACUUUGAAAGGUCAUGAGGUGCGCCUUUUGAGUCGUAAGACAUUGCCCGCACUUGACCUCCCCAAGGUGAGGAAAAACAAGGUCGUUGAGAUUCUUCCCAUUAAUGUCGGUUGUUUAGGUGCUUGCACUUACUGCAAGACGAAACAAGCUCGUGGUCAUUUAGGAAGUUAUACUGUUGAUAGCCUUGUGGGACGUGUAAAAUCUGUGGUAGCUGAUGGAGUUAAGGAAAUAUGGUUGAGCAGUGAAGAUACUGGCGCUUAUGGUCGUGACAUUGGGGUCAAUCUACCAAUUUUAUUGAAUGCAAUUGUCGCAGAACUCCCUUCUGAUGCAAGCACAAUGUUACGAAUUGGGAUGACAAAUCCUCCAUUCAUUCUGGAACACUUGAAGGAAAUAGCAGAGGUUUUGUGUCAUCCAUGUGUAUACUCAUUUCUACAUGUACCAGUCCAAUCUGGAAGUGAUGCCGUCUUGACCGCAAUGAAUCGGGAAUAUACUGUAAGUGAGUUCAAGACAGUGGUAGAUACCCUAACUGAGCUUGUGCCAGGGAUGCAGAUUGCAACUGAUAUAAUAUGUGGAUUUCCUGGUGAAACGGAUGAAGAUUUUACUCAAACUCUUAGCCUUAUUAAGGAGUACAAGUUCUCCCAAGUUCAUAUUUCACAGUUUUAUCCUAGACCAGGAACCCCUGCUGCAAGGAUGAAAAAGGUCCCCAGUACUGUAGUGAAGAAAAGGAGCCGUGAAUUGACGUCUGCUUUUGAAGCUUUCGCACCAUAUGUUGGGAUGGAGGGCAGGGUGGAAAGAAUAUGGAUAACUGAUAUUGCUACUGAUGGAAUUCACUUGGUUGGCCAUACCAAGGGAUACGUGCAGGUUCUUGUAGCCGCUCCGGAAAGCAUGUUGGGGACUUCAGCUAUCACGAAGAUCACAUCGGUAGGAAGGUGGUCAGUUUUUGGAGAAGUGAUUGAGACCAUCCCUCACAUAAAUGAUAAAACAGCUUCAACAAAUGAAACGCGUAGUCAGGAAAAAUGUUUUCCAGGUGCCAACAAUUGUGAGACUUGCGCGUGUUCUACGGAACCAGAAACUUGUGCCUGUGGACCGGAAAGCUGUGGAGGACAGGCUACCUCGGGAGAAUGUGCCGUAACGAAGAAUGUCGUUCUGUUGGAAGAUCGGAAUAACAGAAAUCUGCUUGGAUGGUUACUGAGGAAGCGAAAGAAUCAGGUUGAGAAACGCGUGGAGAACGAAAUCGGCUUGGGAUCCCAGAAGAAGCAAGAGCAAGCCCAAGGAAGAUUGGGUGAAUGGGGUUUUGUCGAUAUGGCUCUUCUGGGCGGGAUGCUCGUGAGCUUCCUGACAAUCGUAACCCUACUAGUACAUCUCGGCUUUAGGAUUCCGUCGUCUAAUUAAUUAGCGAACAUUGGCUGUACUAAUCCAAUUUUUGUCGAGGAUUUUCAUGGAAAGUUGGCCACAUGAGCUUGUCUGUAUCUUCAGAAAUAUAAUAUUUUUGGUAUGAUUGUAAUGCUGGAUAUAGAGUGUGGCUGCAUGCAAGUUGUUGUAACUGCUUUUCUCUUAAGUGCUUUUCUUCACUUGUAAUUGAAUCUGGAUCUGAUUUUUUUGUAACUGAAAGCUGAACCUGAUGGAAAUAAAAGUCUGGAAGGUAGAGAUAAACGACCUGUUUGGAAA